AUGCCUCGUAAGUUAUCGCGGAACUUGCCACCAUGCGGACCGGAUGAGGUUCGCCUGGAUGAUGGAACUAUCAGGCCGAUGACUGAAGUUGAGCUCCUUCAUCGUAAAAUUGAUGAAACUACCGCGGAGUCUUUGGAGGCGUCCCGUCGGAUGAUGGCCCUGUGUGAAGAGGCGAAAGAAGCCGGAAUCUCCACUUUAGUCAUGCUAGAUGAUCAGGGUGAACAACUGGAUCGGAUUAAUGAAGGCAUGGAUCAAAUUAAUCAAGAUAUGAAGGACGCGGAAAAGAAUUUGGAUGAUCUGAACAAAUGCUGCGGUUUAUGUGUGCUACCGUGGAACAAGGUGAAAAAGAAGGAUGAUUAUACAAAGCAGCUAAAGGAUGAAGACAUGCGAGGCGGAGGUGACGGCCCAAGAAUCAUUGUCGAUCAAAAUGGUAUGGGGCCCACUGGAGGCUAUAUCACCCGUAUAACGAACGAUGCACGCGAGGAUGAGAUGGAUAACAAUCUACAGGAGGUAUCCGGUAUGAUCGGAAAUCUGCGCAAUAUGGCAAUCGAUAUGGGAAGCGAAAUCAACCAACAAAAUGCUCAAGUCGAAAGGAUUCAAAUUAAGGUAAUUUGA